GAUUUUUUCUGUGAGUUUAGUGAGCAAUCGCCAUGUGUUCUUUCAAGAUCCCUGUUGCAGACCACUUUUCUGGUAGAUAACAAGAAGGUGUUUGGCACUCACCUCAUGCAAGACAUGGUGAAAGAUGCUUUAAGGUCUUUUGUCAGUCCUCCAGUACUUUCUCCAAAGUGUUGUCUCUAUAAUAAUCACCAGGCGAAGGACUACAUUGAUUCCUUUGUGACACAUUGUGUUAGGCCAUUCUGUAGUCUGAUUCAAAUCCAUGGACACAAUAGAGCUCGUCAGAGAGAUAAACUGGGUCACAUUCUUGAGGAAUUUGCCACCCUCCAGGAUGAGGCAGAGAAAGUAGAUGCAGCACUUCAUAGUAUGUUACUGAAGCAGGAACCACAAAGGCAACAUUUGGCUUGCUUGGGCACCUGGGUCCUAUAUCAUAACCUUCGUAUUAUGAUACAAUAUCUUCUGAGUGGCUUUGAGUUGGAGCUUUACAGUAUGCAUGAAUAUUACUACAUAUAUUGGUAUCUAUCGGAGUUCCUCUAUGCCUGGUUGAUGUCAACACUGAGUCGCGCUGACAGCUCUCAAAUGGCGGAGGAGAGAAUAAUGGAGGAGCAACAGAAAGGCCGUAGUAGUAAGAAAACAAAGAAAAAGAAAAAAGUUCGCCCUCUCAGCAGAGAGAUCACCAUGAGUCAAGCAUACCAAAAUAUGUGUGCUGGGAUGUACAAGACAAUGAUUGCAUUUGACAUGGAUGGCAAAGUAAGAAAACCUAAGUUUGAACUGGAUAGUGAACAAGUUCGGUAUGAGCACAGGUUUGCUCCAUUCAACAGUGUUAUCACACCACCACCAGUGCACUACUUGCAGUUUAAAGAGAUGUCUGAUUUAAAUAAGUACAGCCCACCUCCUCAGUCAUCAGAUCUCCACAUGGCUGCUAGCAAACACUUCCAGCAAGCUAAAAUGAUUCUUGAGAAUAUUCCUAAUCCGGACUAUGAGGUCAAUCGAAUUCUAAAAGUUGCUAAACCAAAUAUUGUGGUCAUGAAGCUGCUGGCAGGAGGCCACAAAAAAGACUCCAAGGUUCCUCCAGAAUUUGACUUCUCACCCCAUAAAUACUUCCCAGUUGUGAAGCUUGUUUGAAAGACGAGAUUGUUAGGAUACCUGAAGCAUAAUCCGCGUAUCAGAUACCAGCUGUAGGAUGAAAUACCUAGUGCUGUACCCAGACUGAGAGGGAUCUCCAGGAUAAAAGUACUGUUAUGUGGAAUAUCUAGUCUGCUGCCUUUAUGUGAUCUGAAUGACGACUGCUGUUUUAAAGUGGUUUGUGUGAAGUCUUACAGGUGAAGCUGAUUUUAACUAACUGUAUUGCUGAAGAAUGUUGUACCUUAAUUGAUUACAGACUUAAUCAUAAAUCA